AUGCGAUUUCUCUGCCUACAUGGGAGAGGAACGAGCGCGAAGAUCUUUGAGAUGCAAACAGCGAGAAUCCGACAAGCUCUCGGACGGGAUCACGACUUUGUCUUCGUCAAUGGGACUGUCCCAGCCGACCCUGACGUCGGCGCCGCCACCGUUACCGAUGAGUAUUUUGGCUAUGUGGGGGACAGUGUGAGCCAGUAUCGUGAACUCUACGACGACCUCAUGGAUGUCGUCAAAGCUCAAGGCCCCUUCGAUGGCUUGAUGGGCUUCUCGGAGGGCGGAGCCGUGGCGGCAUGGAUGCUGCUCGAGAAUGCGAGACAUCCUCACACCUUUGGUGCAUUAAAAUGCGCCAUCUUCUUCAGCGCCGCCGUACCUUUCGACCCAGAGGUGAUUCGGGACGGGAUUGUGAGAGCCGUCGACCCGGCCACGGAUGGCGUGUUGAUCAAGAUCCCGACGGCGCACAUCUGGUCCAAGGCUGGUGAUGUCAAUUCGAAACACGCCCAGUCACUGUCUCGGCUGUGCGAAGAGGGCCUGAGAGAGGUGUUUGUUCACGAGUUGGGUCAUAACGUUCCCGGGUCGAAGUCCGACGAGGGCUUGGCUGGCUCACUCCGGGCUAUCGAGCAUACUAUCGAGAACGCAAAGGAUCAUGAGUGA